UGGUGAAGGACGGCAACGGCAUGAAGAUGAGCAAGACGAAGGGGAACGUGGUGGACCCUAUCGACACCAUGGACAGCUACGGGACGGACGCCCUUCGGUACACCCUGGUGACGGGGGUCACGCCGGGGCAGGAUGUUCCUCUCUCCAUGGAGAGGGUCCAGACAAAUAUGUGA